GUGAGGGACUUAUCAAUCUGUCUUAUUCUUAUCUCCAAAUCUCCAUUUUCUUCUUCCCUUCUCAUUCACUCACACACCACUUUCCAAUUCUCUCUAAUUAGGGUUUUCUUGUGCCCUUUCUUUCUUCACUCAUUUUUGUCCGACCAACUUUCUUUCCUCUUUUCUUCUAAGAUAAUGAGACAAUCUGAUUGACCUAAUGAUUUGACCACGUCGAUUCGACUCUUUUCGCAGCCAAAUAUUGCUUCUUUGGAUCUCAGUAUAUCCUCGAGCUUCGCGUUUUGGUGUUAUCCUUCCUUGUGUUUGAUGUCCAAAUAUCAAAUAGGAUGAAAGGUGUUAGAGAUUGGGUUUUCUCUCAAAUUCUAUCCAAAUCAGUGGUUUCGCCAUCAUCAUUAUCGGGUGGCAAUAGUUUUUACGCUGAAGAGCACCGGAUUCAGAAUGAAAAUUUUAAUGAGCAAGGUUCAGAUCACUCGGCUAGUUCAGUAUCAUCAUCCAUCCCUUCUGACUCAUCAAAUUCUUCAAAUGGUGAUCAGAGCAAUCAUCACAGUUCCUCCUUGCAGCUAGUUGCAGAUACAGAAGUUGAUCACUAUCUAGAUAACACUAAUAGAAGACGGAAGGAUACUUUAGCCAAGGUUGAGGAUCUCCAGGUUAAAUUCUUCAGAUUGCUACAGCGCCUUGGCCAGUCACAAGAAAAUCUUUUGGUCGCAAAGGUUCUCUAUCGGAUGCACCUGGCAACUUUGAUUCGUACCAAGGAAUCAGAUCUGAAAAGAGUUAACCACAGUAGCAGUAGAGCCCGAGAAAUAGCAAAUGAACAGGAAGCUAUUGGCAUGCCUGAAUUGGAUUUCUCUUGCCGAAUACUUCUACUUGGUAAAUCAGGAGUCGGUAAAAGUGCUACCAUAAAUUCUAUAUUUGGUCAAGCAAAAACCACCACAGGCGCAUUUCAACCAGCUACUAAUCGCAUCCAAGAAGUUGUGGGCAAUGUCAAUGGUCUUAACAUAACAUUUAUUGAUACCCCUGGUUUCCUGCCUUCCUCGACUAAUAAUAUGAAGAGAAAUAGGAGGAUCAUGCUUUCUAUAAGGAGAUUCAUUAGAAAGUCCCCUCCAGAUAUUGUUUUGUACUUUGAACGCCUUGAUUUUAUCAAUGCUGGUUAUGUUGACUUCCCACUUUUGAAACUUGUAACCGAAGUGUUUGGCACUGCGAUUUGGUUCAACACCAUCGUAGUUAUGACUCAUUCUUCCUCUGCCAUUCCGGAAGGACCUGAUGGGUAUACUAUGAAUUAUGAGUCAUAUAUUUCUCACUGUACUAAUAUAAUACAGCAGCAUAUACAGCAGGCAGUGUUUGAUUCUAGGCUUGAAAACCCUGUACUUUUGGUUGAGAACCAUUCUCAAUGCCCAAAAAAUAUCAUGGGAGAGAAAAUUCUCCCAAAUGGUCAAGUUUGGAGAUCUCAACUCUUGUUCUUUUGCAUUUGUACCAAAGUUCUGGGCGAUGUAAAUUCUCUUCUCAAGUUUCAGAACAGUGUAGAACUAGGACCGUCAAGCAGUACCCGAAUUCCUUCUAUGCCCCAUCUCCUUUCGUCUCUCCUACGCCAUCACCCUAUAUCCAAUUUAAGUGGCACUGAUGAUGAAAUUGAGGAAAUAUUACUCUAUGAUAACGAAGAAGAUGAAAAUGAUCAACUUCCACCCAUACGAGUGUUGACGAAAUCUCAGUUUGAAAUGUUGUCUGAGCCGUUGAAAAAAGAUUAUCUGGAUGAAAUGGAUUACAGGGAAACCCUUUUCUUGAAGAAACAGUUGAAAGAAGACUACCGUAAGCGCAAAGAGAAGCUACUCUCAACAGAGCAGAAGUUUUUGAACAGUGAUAACCCGGAUGAUCAACAGGCACCUCCUGAGCCUGUUUUGCUACCCGAUAUGGCUGUUCCUCCAUGUUUUGACUCAGACUGCCACGGCCAUAGAUAUCGUUGCCUUGUUUCUGACGACCAAUGGCUUGUGAGGCCUGUUCUUGAUCCCCAAGGAUGGGAUCACGAUGCGGGCUUUGAUGGUAUAAACUUGGAGGCAACUACAGAAAUAAAGAAGAAUGUAUAUGCUUCAGUUGUGGGACAGAUGAAUAAGAACAAGCAGGAUUUCAGUAUUCAAUCCGAGUGUGCUGCAGCUUAUGUUGAUCCAUGGGGCCCUACUUAUUCUAUGGGUGUUGAUGUUCAGUCCACGGGUAAAGAUUAUAUGUGUACUGUUCGUAGCAACACAAAGUUGAAAAACAUAAAGCACAAUAUUGCCGACUGUGGUAUUUCCUUAACAUCUUUGGCAAAGAGGUACUAUGUCGGUGCAAAACUUGAGGAUACUGUGUUUGUUGGGAAGAGAUUAAAAUUUGUCUUGAAUGCUGGGCGCAUGGAGGGUGCAGGACAAAUGGCAUAUGGUGGGAGUUUUGAAGCUAAUUUACGAGGGGAGGAUUAUCCGGUAAGAGAUGACAAUGUAAGUUUGACAAUGACAGUACUCUCUUUCAACAAGGAAAUGGUGUUGAGUGGAAGCUUACGAUCGGAGUUCAGGUUAUCUAGAACCUCACGAGCAUCUAUAAGUGGUAAUCUAAAUAGUCGUAAAAUGGGGCAAGUAUGUAUAAAGAUAAGUAGCUCUGACAAUUUACAAAUUGCCUCGGUUGCAUUUUUCUCAAUUUUGAAAUUCCUGUCACGUAGAAAGCCAACUAGGAACGUGGUGAAGGAAGUGACGGACUGAAGUUUGCUCUGGUUGUUGACUUUCUGAUACCAAUAUUUUUUUGUUCAAAGAAGACAGGAAAGCAGUGAGGCAUUCUACAUGUCAAACAUAGAGAUGAGCCCUUUUCUGCUGGAAAAGAAGACCAAAAGUUAGAGUUUGUUUUCUGCUUUUUUUCUUAAGAGGCUAGCUGAAAUUUUCUUUUCGUGAUACUUUCGAUGCCCGUUUUUGGAAAUCUCUUUAGGUAAGGCUGGCUGGCAUCUUGAACGGGUUUCUAUCUGUAGAUUCUUGAUUAAUAAUCAACACCAGGGAGUUUCGAGGAUUGUUUAUAUUCAUUUCUAGAAAAAAUAAGUCACAACAAUUGUACAGUAAAACACAGAAAAUGUCUGUCUUUUUCUUUUAAUUUAUGUUAUUUGUUGAAGUAUUAGUGAGUUAGACAUGAUGAUUGCGGAGCUGUUGUUCAAUAAGAGUUUUCCCAACGAGUAGAAUGUUAACAAAGUUCUUCUGGGUA